UUAGAACGAUUUGUUGUUUCAGUGUUAUUACAGUGAUUCAUUAAAGAUGAAUGUUAUAGAUCAUGUGAGGGAGAUGGCGUCGGCGGGACUGCACUCUAAUGUUCGCUUACUGAGCAGCUUGUUACUCACCAUGAGCACCAACAACCCGGAACUCUUUUCUCCAGCUCAGAAGUACCAGCUGCUAGUGUACCAUGCAGAUGCCAUUUUUCAUGACAAAGAGUACAGAAAUGCAGCCUGCAAGUACAACAUGGCCCUUCAGCAAAAGAAGGUGCUCAGCAAAACCUCCAAAGUGCGUCCAUCUAGUACCGGAGGCACAUCUGCAGUUCAAACCCAGAACUUGCCCUCAGAGAUUGAGGUAAAGUACAAGAUUGCAGAGUGUUACACAAUUCUAAAGCUGGACAAAGAUGCAAUCUCAGUUUUAGAUGGAAUUCCCUCAAGGCAGAGAACUCCCAAGAUCAACAUGAUGCUGGCAAAUCUGUACAGAAAGGCUGGUCAGGAGCGAUCAGCUGUCACAAGCUACAAAGAAGUUCUGAGGCAGUGCCCGCUUGCUCUUGAUGCCAUUAUUGGGCUGCUCUCUCUGUCAGUGAAGGGAGUUGAAGUGGCCUCCAUGACCAUGGACGUGAUUCAGAGUAUCCCCAAUCUGGACUGGCUCUCUGUUUGGAUCAAAGCCUACGCUUUCAUUCACGGUGGAGAUAAUCACAGAGCCAUCAAUACUAUAUGUUCCCUGGAGAAAAAGUCUCUACUCCGAGAUAAUGUGGAUCUCCUGGUGAGCCUGGCAGAUGUUUACUUUAGAGCUGGUGACACCAAGAAUGCCAUUCUGAAAUUUGAGCAGGCACAGAUGCUUGACCCCUAUCUUAUUAAAGGGAUGGAUGUGUAUGGCUACCUGAUGGCUCGAGAGGGGCAUUUAGAGGAUGUUGAAGUUCUUGGGGGUCGACUCUUCAACAUCUCAGAUCAGCAUGCUGAACCCUGGGUAAUAUCUGGGUGCCACAGUUUCUACAGUAAGCGCUACUCUCGCGCACUCUACCUGGGUGCCAAGGCCAUCCAACUGAACAGCAAUAGUGUACAGGCACUCCUUCUGAAGGGAGCUGCACUGCGCAACAUGGGUCGAGUGCAAGAAGCCAUCAUCCACUUCAGAGAGGCCAUGAGACUGGCACCAUGCCGCCUGGACUGCUACGAAGGUCUAAUCGACUGUUACCUGGCAUCCAACGGCAUCCGUGAGGCGAUGGGAAUGGCCAAUAACAUCUAUAAGACCCUUGGUGCCAAUGCCCAGACUCUGACCAUCCUGGCCACAGUGUGUCUGGAGGACCCUAUGAUGCAGGAGAAGGCCAAGACCCUGCUGGAUAAAGCUCUCGCCCAGCGGCCGGACUACAUCAAAGCUGUGGUGAAGAAAGCAGAACUGCUCAGUAGAGAACAGAAAUAUGAAGAGGGAAUAGCACUUCUGCGAAGUACACUUACUAAUCAGAGUGACUGCUUGCUGCACAGAAUGCUGGGAGAUUUUCUAGUGGCUGUUAAUGAGUAUCAGGAAGCCAUGGACCAGUACAGCAUAGCACUCAGCCUGGAUCCGAAUGAUCAGAAGUCUCUGGAGGGUAUGCAGAAAAUGGAGAAGGAGGAGAGUCCCACAGAUGCUACGGUGGAACUUGAUGGUGAUGAUAUGGAAGGCAGUGGAGAGGAGGGGGACCUCGAGGGCAGUGACAGUGAGGCAGCACAGUGGGCAGAUCAGGAGCAAUGGUUUGGCAUGCAGUGACCAUGUGACAGUCCCUCAGAGUGCCAGCGUCGAUCUGGGAUCAGUUUGUAUCAUUACAUAGCAAAAUUUACAGGACACAGACUGAUCCCAUGUCAUCGUUAUGACUCUUGAGUAAAGUGUUGCCUUUCGAAAGGCGUACUGCCUUAAAACUCCUGCAGGCUGACAGAGGUGCAUGAGCGCCCACGUUUCUUUAAACAAGUCUAAAGCAGGACUAAAAUCAUGCCUGAGUUCUAAAAUGCACUGUUUUGGCUGGAAACCACUGUAAAUGUGUAGAAUGUGGUCAGACAUGUGACUGAACAUACCCAACCCUGCACUGCAGAAACAGAUACUAGUAUUUCAAAUGUGUGUCACUUUUCCAGGUUCAUCACCAACAAGAAUCUAAUUAACGUCAUAAACCUGAGCGGAGUCUGUUCUACAUUUUACUUUCUUGGCCUUGCAAAAAAAUCCCAUACAGCCUUCUGCAACUGAAUCCUUAUUAGGGUUUUUUUUUUCCUUUAACUAUAAGAAAAUCAAAG